UCAGUUCAGUUGCUUUGAAUUCGCCGAUCUGUCAAAAUCGCUUAGAAAAAGAAAAAUAACGAUUGCGGAGAGAACGGAUGUGAGAACAAAAAAUAAAUUAAUUGAAAUUAAUUUCCUUUCAUUUAAAUAAUACAAAAUUAUCAACAAAAAUAAUAAUAAAACAAAGGAAAUAUUAAUUUAAAGAAAAAGAGAAAGAAUUCAAAUUUGUUUAAAAAGAAAAAUAUCAAAAAUUUUUCUUCUCACUACCGUGGACGGGAGGAAGUAAUCAUUCGCAACUAAAAUAAAAAAAAUAAAACCCAGAAACAGAAAGGCAGACUAUAGAAAAAAAUAGCAAGCAAUUUCCUAAAAAAAAGUAAAUAAAAGAAGGAAAAUAAAUUCUCUCGCCGUUCGUCGUCGUUGUCGUCGUUCUCGUUGUGGUUUCCAAGAGAACUCCCAAUCUAAUUCUAAGUUAGGUGGAGCUCCCCACGGGAAACACUUGAAAACAGUUUAUUAUUGUUGUUGUUGUUGCUGCAUCGUUUCUGUCGUCAUCGUUGCCGUUUUAUCAUUAGAUAAUAAAUUUAAGCAAAAAGCAAAGCAAAAAUAUCAAAAAGAAUCAAGGGAAUAAAAGAAGUGCAAUAAAUUUUAAAAUAGUUCAGUUGUUUAUGUGUUUUGUUGUUAUUUGGCAAAAUCAAUGCAAGGAAUGCAUCUGAAUAUGAUUGUUUUUAAUUCUGCAAGGGAUAACAAUUUGGCACUCUUAAAGAGUUGUUUUGAAGGACGUUCCUCAGAAGAGAUCGCAACAUUAGUUUCAGCCAAAAUGGGUGGCGCAACUCCUUUAGUUAUAGCAUGUCGUCAUGGGCAUUACGAUAUUGUAGAAUAUUUAUUAACCAAAUGCUUUGCGGAUGUUGAACAAGUCGGUUCAGUUACUUUCGAUGGGGAAACGAUAGAAGAUGCUCCACCAUUAUGGUGUGCGGCAGCCGCAGGUCACAUAGGAAUAGUUAAGUUAUUAGUAAGACGUAGUGCUAAUGUAAACAGUACGACAAGAACAAAUUCCACACCUCUAAGGGCAGCCUGCUUUGAUGGCCACUUUGAUAUUGUUAAGUAUCUAGUAAAUAAUGGUGCAGAUUUUGAAGUAGCAAAUAGACACGGUCACACAUGCCUCAUGAUCGCCUGCUAUAAAGGUCAUUUCAAAAUUGCCCAAUACCUUUUGUCACUGAAUGCCGAUGUGAAUCGAUGCAGCGUUAAAGGUAAUACCGCUCUACACGACUGCGCCGAAUCUGGUUCAUUGGAAAUUCUGCAACUUUUACUAAAACACGGAGCCACAAUGGACGUAGACUUUUAUGGUAUGACACCUCUGUUGGCGGCUAGCGUGACGGGUCACCUGGCUAUUGUUGAGCAUCUUAUUAGUUUGCCCACUGUUAAGCGUGAGGAUCGAAUCAAUGCUCUCGAAUUACUAGGAGCCACCUAUGUAGACAAGAAACGUGAUAUGUCGAGUGCGCUGUCGCUAUGGCGUCGUGCUAUGGAGGAUCGAAAUUUUGAACCAAAAAUACCAAAGAUUGUCAGUGAACCGAUAGCUGCCUACGAAUAUGCCACCGAAGUUACAAAUAUUGACGCACUGGAUGAAUUGGUUAUGGAUCCAGAUGAGAUGAGAAUGCAAGCAUUGGUGAUUCGACAGCGAAUACUCGGACCAACACAUCCAGAUACUAGUUAUUACAUUAGAUUUAGAGGAGCACAUUACGCUGACGCAGGCCGAUUUGAUCGAUGCAUUGAACUAUGGACGUAUGCUCUUACAAUGCAACAGAAAAUCUUGCAACCGCUGAGUCCUAUGACACAAUCAUCAUUACUCUCGUUUGCUGAAUUAUUUAGUUUUAUGUUAGUCGAAGCCGGACGUGCGUUGCCACGCGGCCGUAAGGUACCACCAAUCGAAGCUCACGAUAUGCUGAUGAUUUUCAAUAAGGCUGUAUUAGAAGUAGAACGAGGACAAGUUAUGUACCAUGAACAAGUAAAACAAUCAUCAACAAUGCCAUCAUUGGAAAACGAUCCAAAUGCCUUGAGUCGUGCACUUGUGAGUGCACUUCACAUUGGUUGUUUAUUGGCACGUCUAGUCGACGAUGAAAAAUUUAGUCCGAAAAUGAAGCGUGAAAUUCUUAUUGCUCUUUAUAAGUUAAAUAGUCUGAAGGUUGUGGUGCGUUCGGGUAGGACGGCUCUUCAUUAUGCCUGCUAUCGGGAAGGUACACUUGUUGGUAGAUAUCCAGCUUGUCAAUUUCCAUCGCCUGCUCUAGCGAAAGCAUUACUCAAAGUCGGAGCCGAUCCGAAUGCAAAAGAUGUUGCGGGCAAUACACCAUUACAUUUGGCCGCAACUGCACAAGAAAACUCACGAGUAUUGGUGGCUCAGACGUUAUUAGAACAUGGUGCACAUUUGGACACCAAAAACGCCCACGGUGAGACAUUUGAAUCCCUACUGGAAAACCAGAAAAUUCAUGAAAUUGUCAAUCCCGUCAAGUAUACAACACUUAAAUGUCUUGCAGCCAAAACAAUACAAAAACAUCGAAUAAAAUACGAUAAGCAAGUUCCCGAAUCCCUAAAUAAAUUCAUAGAAUCGCAUUAAGUUAAGAAUUAAUCCUGAGAGAGAGAAGAAGAAGAAUUUAUCAACAAAAUAAAAACCAAACCAACAAUAAUAAAAAUAAUUAACAAUCAGUUAUUUUUUGACCGAGCUCUAGUAUUUGAAUGAACGGCAGCAAAAGCAACCCGGCGGCGCAGCGCGGAUGCAGUGGCGGCAGCAUAUAUGGAAUCAAAGCGCGGUUCCUGAUUUGUCUCAAUACAGUUUUAUAAUUGUAAAGGAAAAAAACAAUUCUUUGGAAGCAUGAUGAAAACAUAUUUUUGUCCUACCUGUUUAAAACGAUGUAAAAAAAAACAAAAUCAGAUAGGAAGAGAAUUAUUAAUUAAUUGAGCAACAAAGUAGUUUUUUUUUUUGAAAAACAAACAAAGAAAAGUGUUGUUACUUUGUCUUUUUUGGUCUUUAUAUUUGUUUGUUGUUUAAGUUUGCCCAGAAAGCCUUGUUCAUAUACAUUUAAAACAAGACUUGUAUUUAGUUUCUAUUUUUCUUUAUUAUUCUUAUUUUUUUUCUUCUUCUAAACAAAUUAUUUUCUUGUCUUUUUUUUGUUUAUUUAUUUUUAACUUUUUUAAAAAGGUUUUAAGCUUUUUUUUUCAUUACUUAGAUAGAACUCGAAAAAGCGCUUUAAAAUUAUAGUCUUGAAAGCUAUUUUAGCUUGAAACAAAUUGUUUAUCUAUUUCGAAAAAAUAAUCCUGUGUCAGGAUUUUAACUAGAUUUGAGUAGAUAUGUAAAUGUCAUGUCAUAUGUCACUAUUUUAAAGUGCAAAUAAAAGCAUUUGUGAAAAGAAGAACUUGUGUUGAACUUUAUGAGAUUGAUCAGAGCUUAAAGCACAUGAAAAUUCAAAUUUAAAUAUAUUGCCAAAUUAAAUGGAAUGGAAUUUACUUGAAUUCAUAUGAACUUUAAUUAACAUAAGUACGUUUGAAAAGUAUGCAUUUCGAAUGUACUUUAAACGAGACAUCCUUUGAUAUGAAAGAACUCAAAUAAAUCAAUCCAACUGAAGGCUUCUUUUUUAUUCUCACAAACAAUUGCCCCAUUAACAAAAUCAGAAUAAACAAAACUGAGAUUUUUUAAGCACUAUAUUGAAGAAAGGAACAAAAUUGACAAAUUGUUUGCUAGAUUACGCAUUCACUCUGACUAAAAGCCUCUAUGACUUUGUCGAUUAAUUUUUCAUAAUGUCUGUACUCUUUUCAGAAUUAUAGUUUCUCUUCUGGAAUGAAUAUAAAAGUGGGCGAUUAAAAAUAGAAGUAUUCGUUUGUAGACUGAUUAUCGAAAAUUGAGCAAAACUUAACUAGAACAAGAUUCUAAGAUUUUUUCCAAGAAGAAGCUUGGAUAUUAAAUCCUAGUAUAAAUAUAGGCUUGAAAAUCAAAAGAUAACGUUGAAAAUAAGUCUUGAAUUCUUAUUAUUUAAUUUUUGCAGCUGAGUUCCAUUUUCAUGUAUAAGUUCUUCUCUCUCUUCAAAGCACUUUCAAUCUGUUUGAAAAAUUAAUUAUCAAAAGAAGUCAUUUAUUGACAUCAAUAUGCAUUCUUCUAAUCACUUUUAUAGUCAACAACCUUCGAAAAUACCGACAGACUUGUGAAUAAAUGUUCUUUCUAAAUUAAAGACACGCAAAAAAGCUUAUCUGCUUAAAUUUGUUUCCUUUUUGUAAAUUAUUAUAAAUUAUCAUUUUUUAGCGUUCUUAGUUAAAUAAAUCAUUUAUUUUUCCUUAAUUAAAAGUAUAUACACACAUACAAAUACAUUUAAUAUUUUUUUUGUUUUUUAGUGAAAAUUUUUAUUUUUAUUUUGUUUUAUACUUUCAAAUAAAUUUACAUACAUACAUAUAUUUUUUCAUAAUAGAAAACAAAGCUUCUUAUUUUGUAAAUAAAUGUAACAACAUAAAUUUCAAAUUUUCCUUAAAUGAAUGUUCAAUAUCAUACUUACAGUCAAUCGCUUGUAAAUAUUCUGUUCUAUGCAAUUGAAUGAUCUUUUAGCAUUAUGCAAAAAGGCAUAGUGUGCAAGCUUCCAUUUUUGGUUCAUAAAGACAAAGGUCUUUAAGACAUGGUCUAGCAUCACUGAAAUAGUCAUAAAAAGAUCAGUUUGGUUUAUUAUUUAAAAACCUUAAAUAAGUUGGCAAUAGUUUUAUUAUUGUUUCAUAUACAGACUGUGUAUUUUUCAUUAUUGGUUUAUUUCCUGCAGAUAACAUCCAGUGCUUUAAAUAAAUAAAUAAAUAAUUAUUACCAUAUGAAUACGAUUUUAUAAAUUUUCUCAAAAAAGAACCAUAAAAUAUCUCUAUAAUUUAAUUGCUUUUGAAAUAAGAAAUAAAAUAAUAUUAAAUACAAAAAAAUAAAGCAAACACAAACAAAAAAUGUAUUAAAUAAUCAUUUAUUAUUAAAAAUAAUAUUAAAAUAUAUAUUUAAUAAUAAUUUAGCCUAACACAGCAGAUUCCAAUAUAUAUAUAUAUUAAUGUAUAUAUAUAUACAUCAAAAUGAUGAAAAUAAAAACAAAAUAUAAAAUAAUAAAAAGAACGAAUAGAAACAAAAUUAAAAAUGAAAAAUAAAAACAAUACAAAAAUACACAAAACAAGGAACACAUCUCUCAUGAGCAUAUUAUAUAUAAUAAUAAAUAAAUGUACGACUUAUCGCAUAUAGGAUUAUAUUUUCUUAUUUAGUAAUGUAAGUAUACAAAACAAUGUGAGCAUAAGAAAUAUGAACGAAAAUAAAAUAUAUAAAUAUAUAAAUAAAAAUAAAAACAAAAAAAGUAAACAAUAGAAGAAAUAAAAAUAUACAACAAAAAAACAAUCGUAUUUAGAAUGAAAUCCUCAUUGGAAUUUCAUUAUAAUAUAUGAUAGAAAUAAA